CUGUCGUUAACUUUAUCAUUCGGCUUUAAGUGUAAACUGAAACCGUAGUAGCUGUUGUACUCACUCACUUAGCAUUCAAACUAUUUUUGAGUGUUAAAGAGGGAGAUCUGAAGACACAAGGAAAUGGAAAAAGCACUCACAACCGUUAGCAGUUUUAAGGUUGGGAGCCUGUGGAUCUCUAAAAAAGCUAAGGAAGAGCUCUCCAACAUCUCUCAAGACAUCAAUACUAUCUCAAGUACUGUUGAAGAGAAGGCAAAAUGGAUUUUUAACAAGCUGAAAGGAAAACCUAUGAAAAGCUUGCCUGAUCUGCUUCGAGAGUACAACUUACCGCCGGGCCUCUUUCCUCAGAACAUAAUCUGUUAUGAAUUUGAUGAAACAAAGGCCAAGUUGACAGUGUACUUGCCGUCUACAUGUGAAGUGAGCUUCAAAGACUCAUCAGUUAUAAGGUAUGCAACACGAGUGAAAGCAAAUUUAAUAAGGGGAAAGCUCACAGGUAUAGAAGGAAUGAAGACCAAGGUCCUUGUAUGGGUUAAGGUUACAAGUGUGGCAGUUGAGAACUACAAGUCUGAUAAAGUGUGGUUCACGGCUGGAGUGAAGAAAUCAAAGGCUAAGGAUGCUUUUUUAGUGCCCCUGAAUGCUGUUAGAGUAGAAGAAUUUUGAGUUAAUAUUCAAUAUCAUUGCCUGAUGCCAAGAAUUAGACGGCCCAAAUCUUUUGUAGUUUUUGAUAGGUCAAGAAGUGAUACAAUCAUUUCACUUAUUUGACAGUUGCAUGUAUUUUAUUUAUUGUCUAUCAAUAUUUAGAAUCUCAUUUCUUC